CACCUUUAACCGGGACCGAGCGCGCUUCGAGUCCCGUUGGAAAACUUGACCUCUUCCUCCUCCCCCUCGUCUUCCUGGUCGGAGGGUCAUGACGGGAUGACUGACUCACUCCUGCUCUCGGCGCGGCGGCGGAGCUCGAGUGCCUCACGCCAACUCCACCGUCAGUGACGUCAGCGUCACGUGGCCGUCUCUUUCCUCGGUGUACGUCCGCCGUAUUUUUCUUCCACCCCUCCGCUGCCCUGCUGCCGUAACACCGAGAGCCACUCGACAUAAACAAGCGCAGACAGAGAGGGGUGGAUGGGGGGGACGCGUAGUCGGGACCGGUCCGGCGCCAGUGUGACGGUUCCAACCCGCCCGACGGACCGAGGGGGCUCGCACCUAUAAGUAACCUCCCGUCAGCCCGUGUCACUGUAAACUUUUUUUUAAAUUUUAUUUUCUAAACCCUGCGCUGCACCCGCCGAGCUCCGACACCGCGAGGUUCUUAUUCAAAAUCACAGUGUGACCGUCAAGUGGAACCUAUGGACAAGUCCCGCCGACCUCCUUCCCCCACGCCUGGUCUAUAGUCAAGCGGAAACGACUCGCAUUCUCACUCACGCCCCACUCACUGCCGUUUAGACAAGCCCUCUCACCCUGAGGUCACACCAUGGCCAGCAAGAGGAAGUCUACGACUCCUUGCAUGAUACCUAGCAAGAUCACACGGCCUCUGGAGGAGGCUGAACGGGACUCCCCUAUUCUUCUCUGUCAGUCCAGGAUUUCUGGAGGGGGGCGACACAGCCCCACAGACCCAGGGGAGUUUUCCAAACCAGAGGCAGGGGACGCAAUCAGAGACUGUGCUGGCACUUACACCUGUAGGCCUUGUAACUUUGAAACCCAUGACCUCAAUUUGUUCCUGGAUCAUGUGUACAGUGGGCACCCAGACUUCCGUGCGGACCCCAGCUUUUUUUGUGUGAGCUGUGCGUUCUCGGCGCCCAAGUUUGAAGGACUGGCCCUGCACAACGCCAGGGUUCACCCAAGCACUUGGAACACCACUUUACAGCUGAGGAAGAGGGACAGGAGGGUUGUGGUGGAGCAAAAACUGUUAACUGAUUCUGGGAAGGACAGUGAGAUUUCCAUCACCAAAACCCCAAUUAUGAGGAUGCUGAAGGGAAAAUCGGAGCCCAAACGGAUAGUGGUGUCUCACCCAGUCUCCAAUGAGUCUUCCUCAGACCCUCACUCUGUGUCUUCUUCCAGAGAGGUCGAGAGAAAAGAGACUGCUGCAGUGACAGUCACCCAUGUUCCCACAAUAGUCCACAAUGGGACCGCCAAGGUCUCGCUGCCCUCAGCGAUUCAGAUAGUCAACGGGUCUGGAGCAUUACCGAUGCUCAAGACUCCCAUCACACAGGUGGUUUCAGUGGUUCAGAAUAGAGGCCUUCAUCAAUCUGCACCAAUCACAGCCUCCUCACAUGUGUCCUCCACUCAUUUGUCUUCUUCCUCAAAAAACCUCCCUAAAGUGAUGAUUCCCUUGAGCAGCAUCCCUACGUACAGUGCCUCCAUGGACUCCUCUUCCUUCCUGAAGACCUCCUUCAGUAAGUUCCCAUACCCCACGAAGGCUGAGCUCUGCUACCUGACCGUGGUCACAAAGUUCCCCGAAGAGCAGAUCAAGAUCUGGUUCACGGCCCAGAGACUCAAACAAGGCAUCAGCUGGUCUCCCGAGGAGAUCGAGGAGGCUCGGAGAAAGAUGUUCAACACCAUCAUCCAGACGGCACCCUCCAGCACGCAGAGUAACCACAGCCCAGCCCACCACACCUUCACAGUCCUGCCUGCGUCACUGGGAGCCACUGGGAUCCCUCAUAUCCUGCAGGGAUCUCUUGUCAGCCAAGGAGGGGUGAUCGUCACACAGCCCGUAAUGGCCAACGGUAUCCAGGUUAGCAGUGCUCCUGUUGCCCUGGCCGUCACGCCUAAGCCCCAGGCAGCCGCCCGCCCCAUGAUGCAAGCCCGGCCUGCUGCAGCCCUGGUGGCAGACAAAGGCGUCAGCAUGGUGGUGGGGACGGUGGGCAGCAGCAGCACUGGGAGCAGCAUCAUUAGCAGCAGUAACAGUAGUAGGAGUGGGGGAGGGGGCACGAGCAGCAUUGUUAGCAGCAGUAUAGCUAGUGUCAUCAACCUUAGUCUUGGAAGUAGUCAUCACAGUAAUGGCAGGGGGAGCAGUGUCAAUGGCAAGCACAGCAGCGCUAUUGCAGACUGCAGUGACAGGAGCAGUAGUAAUGUUACCAGCCACGUAAACAACAAGAAGUCUCAUAUCAGCAAAGCCAACAACACCAGCCUUGUGCAGAGUCACAAAGCAACCACAGACGGCAGAACCACCACAGACGGCAAACCUACAAACAGCAACAGCAAAACAGGCAGUGACGGACAGAGGAGCAAAGACACUGGUACCGGUAGCAGCAGCAAAAAUAACCCAACUGACACAAGCACAGACGACGCUGACCCUCUAAAUUUCAAAAUGGAGGACGCAUCUUCCCCUGCCUCCAAAUCUUCCUCCCCCUCUCCCGCGGCUCCCACGAGCAGCACGCCCGCACCAAACAAGAAGUCUCAAGAGCAGCUCAACGCGCUGAAGGGUAGUUUUCAGCUCAGCCAGUUUCCCGACCAGGAGGAGGUCGACCGCCUCAUGGCGCUGACCGGGCUCACUGUGCGGGAAGUGCGCAAGUGGUUCAGUGACCGGCGCUACCACUUUCGGAACGUAAAGGGACAAGCGAAAGGGACACGCGCGAGCGCUGGUGCACAGAGCAGACGGUCUGGCGCCGCGGCCGGAACAGGGAUCGGCUCGAGUACGCCGGGGAGCGGCGCCGCUGGCAGUGCCCUCCCCGUUGACCUUUCAGAGAGUGGCAGCAACUCUGGUGUGAAAACGCCGCAGCACAGCUCUGCACCCCUGAGUCCGACAGCAACACUGACGCCCACAUCACCCACCACACCGUCCCGCCGACUCCCCAGAUCACCCUCUGCUGAUUUCACAGCUAUCCGCUACAAGGAGAGAGAACCACAUCAGGUAAAGGCACUGGAGGCCAGUUUUGCUGAGGACCCUGACCCGUCUGGAGAAGAGGUGGACAGACUGCGAUCUGAGACCAAGAUGACCAGGAGGGAGGUCCACGGCUGGUUUGCUGAGAGGAGGAAGAGAGUAGCAGCUGAGAAGAAGAAGGACGAGGCCGAUCGGGCAAUGAGAGAGGAGGAGGAGGCGAUGGCGAUUGACGCGGAGGAACGACAGAGGGAGGACGGCUCAGGAGAACUGAAGGUCAACCCCAUUAAGAUCAAUCUGAAGAUGCUGAAGGUGACAGAGGCCAGUGGCAAAGUGGAGAGUGACGGGACGGAGAGCUCUGCUUUUCCAUUUCAAUCCGGCGGCACGCCUGCGUCCUCCCCGGGCCCCACCCCCUCCUCCACCCCCAAACCCUCCCAGUCGUCCACGCCGACACCCAAACCAUCCCACUCUCCCAAACCCACAGCCAUCCGCGGCAAGAAGACAGCAGACCAGCUUCACCUGCUCAAACAGGUCUACGCCCGGACCCAGUGGCCCAGCGCCACUCAGUACGACGACCUCAUCUCGGGGACGGGACUGGCCCGACCCGAGGUCGUGCGUUGGUUCGGGGACAGCCGCUACGUGCAGAAGAACGGCCAACUGAAGUGGCUGGAGUCGUACCAGGCCAUGGCUCUGGAAGAGGAGCUGCCGACGGAGAACACGCAGAUCCUCCAGGCGCACCUCGACGACCACGGCAAGCUGGAGGAGACGGAGUUGCAGGAACUGGCUCAGUCGACCGGCUUGACAACGGACUUGGUGCGAUACUGGUUCCUGACCAAGGCUUCUUCGCCCCAGAUGGAACAAAGUGUUGUCGCCUAUGUGACAGGACCAGGACCAGGACCCGUCGUGCCAGGCGUGGCAGCCGAGCCACGGACUACAGGAUCCUCCCCGCUAGAGUCACAGCCGGGAGGCGGAACGGAGGAGAAAAUGGAGCAGUCGGUGUGCGGUGUCGCUGCAGACGCAGAGGAGGCCGACGCCGACGAGACUGUGAAUCCUACGAAAGGAACCGACUGAAGAGGCCUUUUUGUCUGAGGAUGGAUUUCACAACGCGUGUGGUCGUUGUGUCGAGAGUCUGAGCAAAAGAUGGCAGAUGUGGUUGUAACAGGAUCACUGGAUGGAAAUGGACCUUGAAACCAUCAACACACACCCACCCACCCAUCCCUCUCUCUCCUUCUCACUCACACCCCUAGAGGUAGGCAUGACCUCCCCCGCUACGUGAGAUGGACACUUAAGCCACUAACCCCCCCCCCCCUAACCCAUUCAUCCAUUCAUCCACCCACUCUCCGCCCUCCUUCUCCUGCUUUGUCUACCCCACUUGCUGCAGUCCUCAAACCGUCUCCAAUAUCUGCCCGUCCACCAUUUUACCCUCACAAGCAGAGGAUCCAGUAGAAAGUGAAAUACAGGUGUGGAGGUGGUAGCAGAGGGAAGGGUCGAGGUGUGUUCCACCCGCUUGUUGGAAGGGGAGAAAAGGUGAGGGUAAGAUGUGAAGAAGGAAGAAGAGGAGUAAAAUAAUUACGGGAGAAGUGUGGUCAGGGACUGCGAAGUCAGCAGAUGUCGAUCGGGGGGUGGGGGGUUGGGUCUGGACAGCUAUCGACCAAGUCAACCCUCGGACCGUCUGAGACGCUGUUCCUAGUUUUGGCUUUGGGCUACGAGAACACGCCACAGCUCUUUGCGACAGGAUGCUUGCCGAAGCCUUAAAGUAAAUGAAAUGAACCUUCAUUUUUUUUCCAUUGUGUCAUUUCCAUACUCCACCAUCAUGCACUGUCACACUUUGACUUCAUGCUCGCAGCUAAACGCGCUCACUACGCCGUUCACAGCAUCUAACACCGCACCGAUGUUCAUUCGAUCCUGCCUUGAAGCAAUUUUUGAACAUCUCGUUCGUACUCGGUCGAUUUUUUGGAACAUCGAAUUGUCCUGUACAGGGGAAAACGUUUCGAAUUGUUUCAUCCAAAGAGGGCAAGCACCCUGCUGUGUCUAAAACCAUCAAAAGAAGAAGACGACACAAUGUAAUCCACGUCACGGAAUCUGGUUUGUGUUGUAGCAUCAAGUGCUUCUUCUUGACGUCACUGACGUGUACGUACAUUUGUUUUUAUGGGACUUUCUUACGAAAUACAUUGUAAAACAACUGUGAACUUUUACCGGAGUUCCAUACUUAGGCUUGAUGUAUAAUUUUUACAGAUGGUAUUUGCAGAAUAAAAAGAAUGUAAUAGAU